AUGUCGUUCGGAAAAUCUCGUACUGUAACACUUUGUUCACUUGCAAAUUUUAUCAAUGCUGCUGAUCGAGCAAUUAUGCCAAUUGCCAUUAUUCCAAUGGCAAAAGAAUUUAAUUGGAACUUACGUUUACAAGGUUAUAUAUUAUCAUCAUUUCCUAUUGGCUAUCUAACAAGUCAAUUAUUUGCUCAUAUAUUUGUACGACGUUUUGGUACAAAAGCUGUUCUGGCUUUAGCAGUUUUUACAUGGUCAUUAGUAACAUUUGCAACACCAUUUUUGGCACCUUUACCUUUUUUACUUAUUUGUUCAAGAAUUGCUCUAGGAUUUGGUGAAGGUUUAGCUUUACCAACAAUAUUUCAUAUAUUCAGUAAUUAUGUACCUAUGGAAGAACGAUCGAGAUCUUUUAGUUAUCUUAUUGCCUUAGGUUCAGUUGGACAAACAUUUGCAGCAGUUAUAUGCCCUCAUAUAGCUUGGCGUAUUGUUUUCUUUGUAUUCGGUUUAAUUGGUUUCUUAUGGACAUUUAUGUGGAUUGUUAGUUAUCGUGAUUUUAAUCUGACUCUUGGAAAUAUUGGUAAUGACGAAGCUUUUACUCAUCCAUCAUCGAAACUAGGAAAUAAAAAUUAUCGAUGGAUUGAAUUUAUUUCACAUUGGCCAUUAUGGGCAAUUUAUAUAGCACAUUUUGCAAUGAAUUGGUCAUCAUAUAUUGUUAUGGUAUGGUUACCAUCUUAUUUAACGAAAACAUUCGAUGCCGAUCCAACAAAUUUAUCAUUUACCGCAUUUCCAUAUGUUAUGAAUUGUUUAUUAGGUGUUGCUGCCGGUCAUUUUGCGGAUUCUCUUAUUCAAAAUCGAUGGACAGUUUUAUCUGUUCGUCGAUUAAUGACAGCUAUUGGUUUACUUGGACCUGCUCUUUUUAUGUUAUUAUUUAUUUCAGUUGAUAAUCUUCUUCUUGCUGUUGUUUUUAUAUCAAUAAGUAUGGGUUUAAGUGCAUGUAAUUCUGCUGGUCAUCUAUCAAAUCAUGCUGAUAUAGCACCUAAUCAUGCUGGUAUAACAUUUGCAAUAUCAAAUACGCUUGCAACUAUUCCUGGAAUCUUAGCUGGUCCUGUAACUGCUGAAUUAGUUGUUGCCAGUCAUGGUCGGUGGUUUCCAGUAUUUAUUCUUGCAAGUGGUGUUAAUUUUGUUGGAGCUAUUAUAUAUCAAACUUUAACAAAUUCAAUAAAAGAAUCAUUUAUUGAUGAAAAUAUGCAAAUUAGUGAUAAUACAAAUAUAACAUUGAAAUAUAAUAAUCGUAAAUUAAAAAGUAAACAUGGUCAAUAUCCAGCAUGGUUAAGUGGUCAUCAACAUAUGCUUUAUUUUAUUGGUCUUGGUUUAGCUGAUGUUGAUGAUUUAACUGUUAAAGGUUUACGUAUAAUUAAAAAUUGUAAAGAAGUUUAUUUGGAAACAUAUACAACAAUUUUACAAAUUGAUCAAAAAACAUUAGAAGAAUAUUUAGGAAUUCAAAUCAUACCAGCUGAUAGAGAACUUGUUGAACUUUCAGCUGAUACAAUAUUAAAUAAUGCUCGAGAUCAUGAUGUCGCAUUUCUUGUUGGUGGUGAUCCACUUUCAGCAACAACUCAUACUGAUUUAAUUUUACGUGCUGUUGAACUUAAUAUUCCAUAUAAAGUAAUUCAUAAUGCAUCAAUAAUGAAUGCUAUUGGUAGUUGUGGAUUACAGUUAUAUCAUUUUGGUGAAACGGUUUCCAUUGUUUUUUGGACAGAUACAUGGCGACCAACAAGUUUUUGUGAAAAAAUUGUUGCUAAUCGACGACGUGGUUUACAUACACUUUGUUUAUUAGAUAUCAAAAUAAAAGAACAAGAUGAAGCUAGUUAUAUGAAGAAGAAAAAAACAUAUCUACCACCUCGUUUUAUGGCUACAUCACAAGCGGCUUCUCAAAUUCUUGAAUCAGCCAAACAAUUACAAGUUGAAGAUAUAAUCAAUGAUAAAACAUUAUGUGUGGGUGCAGCACGUAUUGGCUGGUCAGAUGAAAAGUUUGUAACAACAACUUUACGUCGAAUGGCUGAUGAAGUUGAUUUAGGUCGUCCAUUACAUUCACUUGUUAUUGUUGGUCAAUUACAUCCACUUGAAAUUGAUUAUCUUAAAAUUCAUGCAAUUGAAUCAUCAUUUGAUCAAUUAGUUCUCGAGAACAACCAGAGUUUAAAUCAUUAA